AUGGCUGCGUCCCAAUACUUGGCGCCUGGAAUAACAGGUGACAAGAACGUGGAGGUGGUUGAGGUGGUUGAGCAGGCGGUCUCCCCGUCGCUCAGCCAAUAUAGUGACCAGGGCGGGGGGGUUCAUGGCCAGCUGGGAGGACUACCCACCCCCCCUCGUAUUGAAGACUCCCUGGCAGAACUGGACAAGCUCGAAGAUGAUUUAGAGGCCGUCGGCUUCGUCACAAGAUCGGGCCGGACGGAGCGGAGGAAAACCGUCGACGACACUCCCCUGGCUUCCGAUGGCUCCCGGUCUGGUAGGAAGGGCCCGAAGCCAGCCCAGGCGAUGACCACAGCCACCUGGUCUGCUACCACAUCUACCAGGACGACCGCAAAGCCCGGACCCGCUCCAGGGCGAACCAGCCAAGGGCCAAUGCGCGGAGCCGGGGCCGCCGGUGCGCAUAACCCUGCAGAUAGGACGCCCGCCGACCCUUCCAUUGCUCGGACCAGGUCCGUGAGGGACACACCAGAGUCCAGAGCCACGGUGAAGUCGACAAAGCCCCUGACUGUACCGAAGUUUGAGCUCCCCGGGGAGGCGAUCGCGCGACGACUGAAGGAACAGCGUGAAGCGCGCCAGGCUCAACAGGCCGAGGCUCAAAGAGCUCAGGCUGCCCCUCCUACAAGGACUAGAUCCACCAAGCCCUUGACGAGGCCAACUUUUGAACUGCCUGGAGAGGCGAUUUCCCGUCGUAAGAGGGAAGAGCGAGAGGCCAAACUCAAGGCCCAGGAAGAAGAGGAGCGUAAAAGACGCGAGUUCAAAGCUAGACCUAUCAGGAACAGCUUGACACCGGGGUCGUUGCCUCGCGAAACAGUUACUAGCCGUGCCCGAACCAGCAAAUUUUCUUCGGAAGAAAGCCCAAAGGACCAGGAGCCAAGGCGGGACACAAAAUGGCUUUCGCCAGCCAACGCAACGGGCCGCCUACCAGCCACGGGCUCCGGAACCAACAGCAGACCGCAGCUUCGAGGGAGAAACUCGAUGGCCACAUUGGGUGAAAUCGCUAGCAGGACACCAUCGGCAUCGACAGGCAUCAGCGAUAAGAGGAGCUCGGUUUCGGCUGAAGAUGCUGCGCAGAUGAGAGCACGAGGCAAGGAGAUUUAUGCUCGUGACAACAGCAUCACAAUGGAUCGCGAGAGGGAGAGGCGGGAGAGAGAGGCGCUGGCUAGAACAGCUCGUGAAGAAGCGGCGGAACGCAGCAGGGCAGCGAGCCGAGAGUGGGCUGAGAAGAAGCGACAGCGGGACAAGGCACUGGCCGAGUCAUUGCGGGCGAGAGAAUCGCUUCAGACAAGGUGA